AUGAGUUUCCCCAAGCGAAAUGAGUCAGCGUCGGAACGUGUGGAGUUCUCGGGCGACUACUGGGAGUUGCAGGUGAACAACCGCACGCUCUCCGCAAGCAACGGCUGCAACUCCUCGACCGUGAAGCAGGAUGGCAACAAUGUGUCGUUCGGGUACCUGUGUGGCAAUCUCACAGUCAAGAUUUUGUACAAUCUGCCUACGGCGGCGCAACACCUGCAGAAGCAAAUCUUGGUGUCCUAUGCGAGCACAGCCACUGAAGCAGGCACCAUUGAUUUUGAAGCAGCUACAUUCAUGAAGGACACGCUCGCUCGCUGGGCCACCGCAAAGCAGGCCCCGACGUGGUUCCUGCGCAGCAAUGCGUGGAACCAAGGCUUCGAGAUUGCUGGCUUCGUGCGCUGGAAGGAUGUGAAGAGCGGCGUCUUUGUCUCUGUCGCUAACCCCUUUGGGCAUCAGUUGGCCUCAGCGAAGGCUUGCGCUGACGGCAGCCCGACAUGCGCAGCUAUCACAGCAUCCUAUGCGGGUAAGGUCACGCACAAGCCAUCGUUACAAGGUGCUGAGUUCAUCACAGAGCCGCUUGUUCUUGGUUUGACAACCCUCAGCAAAUACUCAAUCUCUGGUCUUUCGACUGGAGAGGCACGUGCAUUUAAGCACGCUGUGGAGGCUUGCCAGCUUGAUCGCGCAGCUCGCGCGGCGGGCACCGUGAAGGUCAACGUCGCAUGGGACGAGAACGACUACCAGAUCGAUGUUGGUGUGGAUGAGGGUAAGGCAGAGUAUCGCCGAAUCUUCGACCGCAAUGCCGAGCUCGGCAUCGACCACAUCGUCUAUGAGCCACGCAACUCGCUGCAUGCAUCGCGGUUCAACGCCACAGACGACUGGGGGUGGGAGGCGAGCCUAUGGUUCUCCAUGGGGGAGCAGCUGCGCAAGGGUCUCUGGGAUCCCAGGAAGGAUGCGAUGCCUCAAGACGUCCUCGAUGCCGUGGCGUACGCCAAGAGCAAGGGCAUCGGCCUCAUGGCAUAUGCUUACCCGACGAUGCAGUUCGAGGAGAUGCGCCAGUAUUGGGUGGCUGGGGGCACCAAUGCGCUCUCUUUGGCACCUGCAGAGGUGCAAAACUACUUUAUCGAGGUCAUGACUGCGUUCCUUCAGAAGAGCGGAGGUGUUGGUUUUGCAUGGGAUCACGACAUAUUUGCAGGGGAUAAGUCUUUGCAGUAUGCACAGUGGCGAGGCUUUGCCAGGAUCUUGCGAAGUCUACGCACACAGUUUCCCCACAUUGUGAUGGACCACCGACAAACGAACCACAUGUGGGGCCCCUGGUAUGACCUGUCGGGAAGCUAUGCUGAGCCCAUUGCGGGCGAUGAGAACCCAGAGUCCUACGGAGGUUUUGCGCCGACGCUGCACACGGAUCAUAUCAGUGCCGACCAGGCUCGUGCCGUUAACUACAGGUACUCCACGCAGCAGCUGCUGCCAAGCUCGCGGGUGCCAGGCUUCAUCUUCCACCAGUCUGAGCGCACAGAUGACGACGGGCAUUUCUAUUGCACCGUCCGGGAGACACUCUGCGUGAACAACAGCAACACACGAGACUUCGACUACUUGGGGUACAAGUACUCACUCCUGAGCUCGAUUGGCACGGCUGGGUUGAACAACGUUUUUACCAUGGUCCCAGCUCGCGACCCAGCAGAGUUCGAGCAUUUCCCGGAGGGCGACAUUGCCUUCAUCCGCAACUGGCUGACAUGGACGGAUGAGAACAUGAGAAAGCUGCAGAAUACAGAGUGGAUCCCCUCACUUCCCGCACCCAGUGCCGGCAAUGUGGAUGGCACGCAUGCCAUGCUGGAGAAUGAAGGGUUUCUGUUCCUGUACAACCCAAACCCCAUGGAACUCAAUGCAACAUUGUCAGUGGACGAGGCAAUUGGGUUGGAUGGAAAGGCUGGAGAACAGUGGGACGUGACGGAGCUUUUCCCCCACCAGGGCCCAAUAGGCACGUGGGAGUUCUCAGAAUCUAUCCAUCUGUCGGUUGAAGGCGGCUCGGCUCGGGUGCUGGAGCUCACGAAGCGUCCGAGCCCUGCGUCGCGCCCACGACUUCAGGGUUUGCGGGCUCACAGCCACUUCGAGGCAACCUCCAGGCAGGUGAUCCUCCAAGAGGCCGUGGGACCCUCUGGUUCUGAGGCUUUUGCCACGAUCUACAUGCCAGAAGAGCAGGGCGUCCAAAUCGUCGUCAAUGGCCGCGUGUGUGAGCACGCCAUGCCCGCGGGUGCGGAGGAGGAUGUGAAGGUGAAGAUCCGCUUCAAAGGUCCUCGUCUGACGGGCAAUGCCCCGGUGGUUCCCCUGCCGGCGAAAGACUUCGCAGGGGGCUGGCACAAUGGCACCUUCUCCAUCCCAGAAGCUUAUUUCCAGCAGUUGAAGGCUUUGGGGACCUCCUAUCCGAUUCCAUGGACGACCUCUGCGACUGGUUGUGGGCUGCCCCACUGCGUGGAUGACAGCAAAGCCACCUGGCUCGUGCCGACGAGGUUGCUGAUGGCGCCAUUCAUCCGGCAGGCCAAACAGGACAUGGCUGUGCGACUGUUCCUGGACGGCAAGGAGGUGCAGCUGUCGAAGAGCUACAACAGCCGUGGGCGCGAGCUGGAGCACUGCUUUCUUGGCUUCUACUUUGAUGCUUCUCAGCUGGAGCCUGGCAUCCACGACGUGGCGGUCUCUUUGCCCAAGCUGGAGCCAG